ACCAGAUUGGAAUGGGCCGGGGCUAUUCGUAAGCCCAUUCUCUGCUGCGUCGAUGCAUAGGGGCCCUAAGCCCGCUGAAUCUUCACAGCAGAGCGCGCGUGGACACAUCACAUCUUCGAGAUUAGAUUCCAUCGCCACUGCUUCAAAUUGAAGGGUCCGAAUUCCGAUUCGGAUUCGGGGAAAUUGAGGAAGUUCUCUCCAAAGUUUUCGGAAGAAACGAAGCUGCAAUGCCCACUGAAGUUCUCGUCCAAUUCGCCAUCCUUGUCUUAUCCCUCGCCAUGCUGUUGUUCGCCGUCCGGCUACUCUCCGCCCGACCGUCCACCAAGCUCCGGACCAAGACCCGAUCCCCCGCCGCCGCCCAGUCCAACCGCCACUUCCUCCGCGCGUCGAACCUCCUCGUCCGGGCCCGAUCCUCCCCUACCCACCACAGCCGCCGCGCCCAGGCCCCGACCCUCGCCAGGGCUGCCCUCGCGGAGGCCGAGGCCGCGAUCUCGCAGUCCCCGAAGGACGCGGCCCCGCACGUCGUCAAGGCCAUGGCCCUGGACUCGCUCGGCCGCCGGAGCUCCGCGAUGAGGUCGCUGGAUCUGGCGCUGUCGGCGCCGCGGGCGAGGUCGCUGUCGGGGAGGGAGAGGGCGGAGGCGCUGGCGAAGAGGGCGGAGCUGAAGCUGGGGAUGGGGGGGAGGAGGAGGAGGGCGGAGUCGGCGGUGGAGGACGCGAGGGAGGCGGUGAGGGUGGGGCCGGGGGAGUCGGCGGCGUGGCGGGUGCUGGGGGAGUGCUGCGAGAGGAAGGGGCUGAGGGAGGAGGCGAGGAGGGCGUUCGAGGAGGCGCUGAGGAUCGAGCCCGGGUGCGAUCCGGCUCGUCACGGGUUGGACCGGUUAGGCUCUUCAUGAAUUUUUUUUUUUUUUGUUUAGUCUUGUAACCGGAUUGUAAAGUUCAGGGUUUAAGUAACCAAAAGCAUUUGUAAUCAGCCAAUUUGAGAGCCAAAGAAAAAAAUUUGCA